GACCAGUGACCACGGCCCGAGUCGUUACAUCAUGCGCGCUCGCGUAUAAAUGCGGCGGGCGCCGGCGGUGGGCAUCAGUGCACGCUCAGUGACAGACGAGAGAGAACAGACGCCGACAGCACUCGUACCGAGCGGACUAUUGGACCCUGAGGAGAGCGGCACAGCAACAGAAGGCCCAUCAAGUAAUGCAGACAGUUGCACUGUUGGCGGCAGCGGCAGCGGUAGCGGUCGUGCUGAGGCCCGGCGAGGCUAGCCCCCUGCGGCCGGACGCCGCUGCCGGCCCGGAGCCGGUGUCCAUCGAGCACAUACCGUCCACCACCACGGCGAGCGGAGGAGAGCGGCGGCCGGCCCCGGCGGACCGGCUGCGGGCCGACACCAGCACCAGCGGCACCAGCGACACCAGCGGCGUGACACAGGUCGGCAGCACCGUGCACAAGCGGGAGGCGCUGCCGUCGCCGUCUGCGGCGCUGGUGAUGCGUCUGACGCGCCGGAGCGCUGGUACCCACUCACAGCAGAAGAGGGAGGCGUCGCCUGUGACGGGCGCCAGUCUGUCCAUCAACAACCCCAUCCGGGUGCUGCGAAACCGCCUCACGCUGCAGAUGUACCGCCGCUGGAGGAACAAGGUCAUGGAGAACUCUGCCUUCCUGCACUCGAUGGGGAAGCGCAGCACGAGAGAACAGCUGGAGCGCCGCGAUCGGGGUCUCUCAGAUAACAGGUUUUCCGAGGAUGUGAAACAAUGGCUGCUCUCCUGACUGUGUCUUUGAAGACAGUAGCAAGCUGAAAUGAAGGCAGGAAGUUGAUGAUCUCAGCCAAAACGGUCCUCCGGCCGCUGGGCAUCGCUGUCCCCCGCGGCUACAGACGACACCGCCUGCGCACGCCGGGGUCGGGCGAGGCAGCCUCAGCACGAGGCCGACCGGCGGGUGGGCUGGUCCCGCCCUCCCUCGCGCCCCGGUACGUCCCCGGUACGCCCCCGGGUACGCCCGGUACGCCCCGGCACGCAGUGGUCGUCUCAGGACCGGCUGGUCGGCGCCCGGCGCACCUCACCGCUGACACCAAAUCUUUCACCGGCGGACAGCGUGCUUCAGCUGUCGCUGGACGGUCAGAAUCUCGGCGCAUCCUUCGCUGCUAUCCUGCGCAAGUCGCUUCAUUCCCAGUUCGAUGUGCACCUAUUUAUCUGCCAUUGUUUUUGUUAUUGUUGCGUUGGAGCUCGGUCUCAUCUGCCCUCGAUGGCAGACUAUAGGGAUGAUGUUUGAUAAUACCUUGUUUUUAAGGUAGCAUGGAAUAGGAACCGAAAUGAUUGUCUGAUGCUCAUGAGGUCUUAACAAUUUGCAACUAAUAGAGUCACGAUGAUGCGAUUUAGUACCGUGCUCAACAUUGAAAUGCAUUUACCUAUAUCAGAACCGAAUAGGCUUCUAACGUGCCAUAUGUUUUAUGUAGGUAUGUCUCGUGAUCGUCGCAAUAGGUAUUUUUAAGAUUGCGGCCUGAAGCCAAAACAAUUACUGAUAUUAGACCAUGCCACAAAUAAUGAAAUAAAAUAUUAAGCAUAAUAUAAUGACGUUAGCUCCAUAUUUUUCAUUGUUGUAGUGCUAGCCUACCUACUGCGAACAAAUCAUAUUUAUACCAUCGUUCAUUUGUGCAUGCAUUUGUUUGCAGCAUAUUGUAUUUAUUAUAUGAUUUGUUUGAAGAACAGCCACUGUUCAGAACUGUGGUUUCUGUGCUACAUUUUGAGCUGGAAUAUAUGUUAUUGU